AUGAGGCCUGCCUUCUCGUCUCUGUCACUCUUGGAGGAAGUGUCCCUGCAGCCAGUUGUAUUCCAACCUAAUGUCCCGGUUUCGUGGACGCAACCCGAUACUCCGGAAAACGCAUGUCUGCGAUACAGCAUUUCUGCCGCCGGCAUAGCCAAGCCUCCUUUCGCCGUUGCGGUGGACCUGACAUCUUGGUCUCGCUUGCGGGGUAGUGUUGUUGAACGGCCGUUGGUGAUGUCGCCUAUCCCCAUUGAGCAUGCUAUCAGAAUCCGAUUCUCUGAUUGUACGUGUCAGGCCAUCAAGAUGGUCGAGGAGGCUUGCAAGAAGGGCACCUGGGUGCUGCUGCAGAAUUGCCAUCUGUACAAGGUCAGAAUGUUCUUGGACCGCUCCGCAUGCUUGUCUUUGAUGUCCAACAUGCUGACUUUCAUGCCACAGCUGGAGAAGAUGUGCGAGACUCUCGAGGAGUCCGCACCUGACUGCUUUAGUGGAGGGUCCAACAUGAUCCACAAGGACUUCCGCUUGUUCUUGACGAGCAUGUCCUGCACUCGGGAGUGCGAAUUCUGUUUGCAGCUGCCGGCAGCCUAUUUCCCGGUAGCAGUGCUGCAGAACGGCAUCAAGCUUACAACGGUAACGGAAUCCGGUGUGACAUGGCUCGUCUCGGCGGAACUUUCUGUCCUGGACCAGGAGAGGCGCAAAUUCGGACCACUGGGAUGGAACAUCCGCUACGAGUUCAACGACUCAGACCUGGAAACGUCUACCACGAUCACCCACAACAUGCUGGAGUUGGAUGGACCGAUCCCGUGGGACAGGCUCCUCUUCGUUAUCGGGCAUAUCAACUACGGUGGCCGUGUCACCGACGACAACGACAGGAAGUGCUUACUCGCCAUCCUGGAGAAGUACGUGACCCCAAAGAUCCUUGAGUCCGGCUACACCUUCUCCGAGAGUGGAACUUACAGGUGCCCGGACAAUUCGGACACGGCCGACAUCGAGUCCUGGCGGAAGUUUGUUGCCAGCUUCCCCCUGGCGGAGCAGCCAGAGGUCUUCGGAAUGCACGACAAUGCGAACAUCAGCUUCAUGAGCCAGGAGUCCGAGAAAGUCCUGAAUACGGUGCUGUCAAUCCAGCCCCGAGAGGCCGGGGGUGGCGGAGGCAAGAGUUCGGAAGAGAUCGUCGUCGAAAUCUCGGCCGAGCAGGAGUCGCGACUCCCGGAACGUCUGCAUACGGAGAACGCGCAUCCGGAUAGCUUUGCGAUGAGCGAGGAGACCGGCUUGAUGACAUCCCUGGGAACGUGCCUCACACAGGAGAUGGCCCAGCUGACAAUGACUUUGAAGCAGCUCCAGAAGGAUGACGAAGUCUUCUUCGUCCCGAAGUGCUUCUCGGAGGUGCAGAUGCCAGCAUCACGCCUCUCGUUCCAGCAACCCGCUCCGUCGAACUCCGAUGGGCUGUUGGCCAACCGCGAAUUCAUGCGCGCAGUGGAUGCCGCCAGAGAGCGCGCAGCACAGCAAAGAGCGGAGGCCGAGCGCCUGCCGGGAGGUGUCAAGAAGCAGGGGCAGGUAUGCCUGGCGACGAUCAACAAGGACAAAAUGUACGAAGGCAAGAUUGUCAAGGCCUUCAAACUGGGUCUUCUCUUGGACAUCAAUGCGGAUGUCUUGGGCUUGCUUCGCUGGAAGCAUGUCCGGGGUGUGCCAAGGAAACUCCUCAAGGAGGGCGGCCACCUCGCUAACCUUCGAGUGGACCAGGUCGGAGAUGCGAGGUUGACCUUGCGCCUGGAGUGCAUUGGCCAUGAAGGUCAGACUUUCGAGGAGGAGGACUACCCGGAUGUAGUCGCCCGCGUCUACGAGUGGGCAAUGGAGCCAAAGAUGCUCCAGUUGGCGGAAGAAGCUGCUCCCACAGCUGUCAAGCGGCAUCCCGGGCGAAAUGGCCCGCGGGCAGUCGGCGACGGCGAGGGCAUGCCCGUCCGCCCGCCUCCUCCCUUCAGCGCGAGCCGGUUUCACCGUCCCGGCAAGUGCGGGCCGCGCCAGUAG